CGACUGGGCGAUGCGUCAUCUCACCGCCAUACUCUUGGGCAACGACAUUGGGCAAUUAUCACUGCUUUGGCCAUUCCACACUGGAGCUGCGGCAAUCUCUUCGAAAAUUUUUCCCGAGGUUAUGAUCGUGAGACUAUAUUUGCCGUCGCUGCCCUUCUCAUAAUUGGCCUGGCCUUCUUGAUUAUCAUCUUCAUCAUCGACCUCGUCUUGAUCUGCUCAAGCGUCAUGCCCGCCGGUCUCAUCACCGCGCGAUUCGUCCUGCUGUAUUUGGGCACAGCACCCAUAUUGACAGCCGUCAUUGUGUUCACGGCGAGGAGGAAUGGUCUUUGGUCUCAUUUCCUUGCAGUGAUCGGCGCCAUUUUCGCGGUUCUUGUGGCCAUCCUGGCGAUCAUGACCUCUAGAAAGCGAUCACUCACGGAGGCCCUCUAUUUGAACGUUCAGUGCCGACGUGGCCAAAAUCCACAAAAAACGUGUUUGCCAAUUCCUGGCGCGUUACUUGGGCUCGCGCGUGUUGGUCUCAAUUACUGGGACACUGAUUCGGCGCUUUUCCAUCCAAUCACACGUAUGCCUUGGUUGGCUUUUCCCAAUUGUCGACUCAGCUUGCAUCCUCAUUGGUGUAACCUCAACCAAUCAACUCUCGCGCCAGAGCAGGAACGUUUUUCAAUCCGGCCGCUUAGUCGUGUUAAGGCAACUAGGAACACCCAGGAGCGACAGGAAUGGGGCUGCGGAAACCUCCUUAAGUCCUGCGCCGAUGGUCGUGACCGCGACAUCAUCAUUGCAGUUGCUGCCCUCCUCCUGAUCGGUUUGGCUUGCCUCAUCAUAAUCUUCGUCAUUGAUCUUGUGCUGAUUUGUUCUUCUGUUGUGCCUGCCGGCCUCAUCACUACCCGUUUCCUUAUCCUCUACCUCGGAGUGGCCUUAAUUGUCUCGGGCAUCUUACUGUUCACUGCCAAAAUAAAUCAUCGCUGGUCCUACUUCCUUGCAGUUGUGGGUGGCGUAUUCAGUGUACUGGUCGCAAUCCUGGCACUAAUGACGUCAAGAUGCGUAACUCGCACAGAACGGGUUAUUGUGCGAACAACACAUUGA